AUGGCUGACGACAAGAUCAUCCUGACCGGCAUGCUGUUCUACGGCCACCACGGGGUGACGGACGAGGAGCAGCGGCUGGGGCAGCGCUUCCUGGUCGACGUGGAGCUGGAGACGGACACGCGAGCGGCCGGGCAGCGCGACGACAUCACGCAGGCGGUGAACUACGCCGCCGUGUACCUAUCAACCAAGGAAGUGGUGGAAGGGGAAUCACGGCGGCUGAUAGAGGCCGUCGCGGAGGGGAUCGCGUCGCGCAUCCUGGAGGAGCAACCGGUGCGCGGCGCUCGUGUGCGGGUCACCAAGCCCUCGCCGCCCAUCCCCGGUGCGGUACUGAGCGGGGCCGCGGUCGAGAUAUACCGGCGGGGUGAGGUCGUCGGAAAACCCCAGAAAGAGACCCUUGACGGCGAGAAAACGACUGCGGUAUAG